GUCGGUGGGACUCGAACUCGUCGAGAUCCUGCCCGGGCAACUGUCGCUCUCGUGGUACGAGUCACCGUGGGAAUCCAGUAAGCUCGAGCCCGCCGCGACGUCCCAAUACGAUGCCCGCAAGACGGCGGCAGACGUACAGGACCCUUCCGCGGGAGGCGAUGCCCCAGCCACAACGAAGACAGAGUAUGUAACCCGUGUCCUGACCCUCGUCCAAGACAUCCUCGCGACGCACCGCUGCGUCGUCGCGGUCGACGUCGCUGGCCGCACGUUCGGCGCUCACGAAGACCUCACCCGCGACGCCAUCACGCGGGCCGGGUCGUCUCUGAGGGCGCUCAGGAUCCGCUCCGUGUACCGCGUAAGUCAACCGCUCGUAGACAGCCUCGGCGACGCCGUGGGUUCCCUGAGCCGACUGCGAGAGCUUGCCUGGACGCACGACAAGCUGCAGAGACCUCUUUCCGGCAAGUUACUGGCCUUCCUGCGGACGACGUCGACGCUGACGUCGCUCGACCUGGUCGAGGUCCACAUGCCUCUUCCACACGCCGAGGCGCUCUUUGGAGCCCUCAAGAAGAACACCAGCUUGAGGAGGCUUACGCUAAGCGCUUGCCUCGUGAUCCGCGACCCCAACGAGACGAGCGCCCUGCUCCGAGACUACUUAAGCGACGGGCGCUGCGACCAGAUCUUGUCUCUAACGGUGCGCAGGAGCUGCACCAGCCACCCGCCCUCGCUAAGCGCCAUCGUGGACGGCGUCUGCCAAAACCGGUCGCUGCAGGACCUCAGCGUCGCGGGCUUUUUCCUGGGCAGGUGGAACUUCACCGUCGUCGCCAAGCUUCUCAACGAGAACCGGACGCUGCGGCGUCUCACGCUCAUUGGGACCUCCUGGUUCGAGGCGUUCCAGGGGAGCUUCACGUCCCGCGAGCACUGGAAGAGGCGCGAAUCCGAGGCGCCCAACGGAUUCCCUCGAUGCCUCCUGGCCCUGGCCCGGCACCAGUCGUUGGAGCAGCUCACCGUCGACGUCUCCACGUUCACGGUAAACGAGUGCCUCUCGUUCUGUGAGGCCGUCCGCGCCAACAGGACGCUGAGAGUGGUCACGCUGGCGCGCAUCCGCAACGAAGAUGUUGGCGCCAUCUGCGACAUCGUACGCAAGACCGACACCAAGGACCGCAUCCGCCUGGACCACGCCUACGUGCUCAGGGACGGGUGUUCCGAAAACGUGGUCGAGUAUCCCGCCCUGAUAAAGAACGUGGUCCUCGACCCCGGAAACUUCCGGGACCCGCAGAUGGUCGGCGAAGCGCUGCGACUGCUGCCCCGAUUUUCCCAGAUUAGCUCGCUCUCUCUAACAGUGGUCAGUGGUCAGCUGUUCGACGACGACAACGCGCGCGCCGUGGUGGCCAACUUUCUGGAGACGACGACGGCGCUCAGGAGGCUGGACCUCAGCCUGCACACUAGCGGACCUCUAGUCUACGGAGGCCGCGAAGGCCUGCUGCGCGCGCUCGCGCGGAACACGAGUCUCCGGACGUUGCGCAUCCACAAGAUGCGCUUCACCGACCCCGAAAUCCAACUGCUUGCCGCGACGAUAGCGGACAGCGCGACUCUGUGCGAGUUCGGCUUCUUCGUCGAAGACAACGACCGCGCCGCGCUGAAGGCGUUCCUCCGCGGGUUGGAACCGCGAUUCUCCGACAACUACUCCAUGCUAGAGCUCAGCCACAGUGCCAUCGACGGGUGUCCGCAGUACCUAGCGGUCCAGCGAGUCGCGAGGCGCAACCGGACGCUGGCCAUGCGGGCAUCGCAUUACGUCAUGGGCGUCAACCGUAGCAAGCGAUGCGCCAGGGCACUGGAAGAGGUGUCCUGUGGUCAAGGCGUGGUCAGGACGGUCGCGGAGUUCGCCUCCAUUGACGAGUAUACAGCGGCCGGUGUUGUUCAGCAGGCGCUGGAAGAGCUCGCAGACAUGGCCACUUUCUUGAAGGCAGCGGGCGUCGUGCAAGAGAACGUGAUCUGUUACCCGGUGUGCGAAGACAAGCGAGGUGGCCCGCGGUUGCAGCUGGACGGACUGGACGCGGACAGCUGGCGGCAGAUUAGGCGGUACAUCAGGUUGGCUGACAUCGUGGACAGUGAUUGUUAUCCACGUUUGUAGCUCCUUAUUGAAACGAGAGUAUAGGCCGUGUUGUUCAUCCGGGUAUUCAUUCUUGGCGGCAAAAGUGUACAAGGACUGACAACAAAAAUAGGCGGAGACAGAGUGAUCUUUCCUCAUUGUUCAGUGUUCCCGUACCCUCUUGUGGCCUGGGAUGACAGACUCAACCGGUUAUUUAUAUCCCAAGACCAUCCAUUUGUACUAAGCUCAACGGCAUGCUGAAACUUCACAUAGCACAUAAUUUGUUGAACGCGUGACCUUUCUUAGUUACGCGUGGGGGGAAACCAACGUGCAUGUCACCAGCAUGCAUUUUACUACGAAACAGACAUGAAGUAUUUUCUUUUUCAAUGCAGAGCUUUAGCAUAACUGACGUACUCGCAUAUAUGUAUGCCAUACUGAAAGGUGUAUUUCAGUGGCAGUUUGAGCUAGUAGAUACGUGGAAUACUGUUACUCACUGCUAGAAAUCUCCAGGUUUUCCUUAGACAAGCUGCCAUCAUAAGUCCACUAACAGCGCUCAUUGCUUGUCUUCCAGUAUUCUGGCAUACAUUUACCUAAACCUCUGCUAUGCUGUAACUAAAUCUACACACGCAAUUUCUUAACCUUAAAUUUGACUGCUGCACGUAAGUGUGAUCACCGGAGCCAUAGCUCGAACGCUCUCUCAAACGUUGCAGUAUGUGUACUAACAUAUUUAGGUAAUGCCAAAUAUAUAGAAAUGUAUGUUGACCUCCCCAGAAAUUUUGUACUUUUGCAGAGCAUUUCCAUAGUAAAGACAUUCUGAUUAAGAAUACAUAAUUUCUAUAUAAAAAUCUUCUCAAUGAUGGCUCAUUAUUUUUCCCAUUAUCAUAUAAGGAAUCCUGUCUAUUCACAAUGGAACGAACCCCCACUGCAUUCAUGGUAAGUUUGCACGUUGUAAAUAAAUGUUUCCUU